UAUUAGAUAAAUAAAUAAUAGAUGGAUAUAUAAAUGAUAAAACGCGUAUUAGAAACAUGUUGCUACGGUAUUUCAAUGUAGAAUUCGAUCGUUAUCAGUAGAAUUCGCGAUACCAAAAGAUAUAUCUCAUUUUUUUCUCGUCUAUUUCCAUGACAUUACUGAUAAUCACAAAACUCGAACGAUGUCUUUCUUCAUUAUGUCCAGUUCUUUUGCGUUGCAAGGUAAUUUCCUUAUAUAGGAGUGGCAGUAUUGUUGCAACCUUCUAAUCGUCAAAAUGAUACAUUCGCGUCAGUACGUAUUCAUUUUUCUGUGUUACUCAUUUGCGUCAUUAACAAUCGCUGAAAUUCGUAAUAAAGGAUGGUGGAAAAAUGCUGUUUUUUAUCAAAUUUGCCCAAGAAGUUUCAAGGAUAGCGACCUGGAUGGCAUCGGUGAUCUCGUUGGAAUAACAAAUAAACUUCAAUACUUCGUUGAGUCUGGAGUUACGGGAAUCUGGUUAUCAUCGAUCAACAAAAGUCCCAUGAAAGAUUUCGGAUACGAUAUUUCUGACUUUCGCGAUAUCCAUCCCGAUUAUGGCACGAUGGAAGAUUUUAACGAGUUUAUCAAAAGAGCCAAACAUCUCGGAUUAAAGGUUAUUCUCGAUCUCGUACCGAAUCAUACUUCGGAUCAACACGAGUGGUUUAUCAAUAGUGUCAAAGGUGAUGGAAAAUAUGCUGAUUAUUAUAUAUGGGUAAACAAAAAUAAAGAAAAUCCACCAAAUAAUUGGCUGAGCGUGUUUGGAAAUUCAUCGUGGACUUAUAAUGAACAACGAAAGGCCUGGUAUUAUCAUCAAUUUCUUUCACAACAGCCAGAUUUGAAUUACAGAAAUCCAGAAGUCGUAUUUGAAAUGCAGCAAAUAAUAGAAUAUUGGCUGAAUAAGGGUGUUGAUGGAUUUUAUAUCGAUGCGGUACCUCAUCUUUUUGAAGUAAGCAAUAUUGAAUUGAACGAACCAAUAAACAAUGCGACUAAAGCAUCCAAAAAUGAAUAUGAUUAUUUAAAACACAUUUAUACCAAAGAUCAAGAAGAAACUUAUACUUUAAUACACAAUUGGAGAAACAUUGUCAACUCUUAUACGAAUAUACAUAACGAAGAAGAAAAGGUAAUAAUGACGGAAGCAUACACGUCCUUAGAAAAUACUAUUAAAUUUUACAAAUACGGUUCGGACGUACCUUUUAAUUUUAAAUUCAUUACCGAUGUUAAUAAUAAAUCGAGUGCAACCGAUUUCAAAAAGACAAUAGACUCCUGGUUCAAGGCUAUGCCAAAUGGAAGUGUAGCAAAUUGGGUGAUGGGUAAUCACGAUCGUAGUCGUAUGGCCAGUCGUUAUCCAGGUAGAGCUGAUCAAAUGACCAUGUUAGCAAUGGUUUUACCUGGUGUAGCGAUAACUUAUUAUGGGGAAGAAAUUGGUAUGACUAAUAACGAAGCUAUAACGUUUAAAGAGACGCAAGAUACACAAGCUUGUGCUGCUGGGGAAGAAGGUUUUCAAAAAAAAUCUCGUGAUCCGUAUAGAACCCCAUUUCAAUGGGAUAAAACAACUUUUGCCGGAUUCACAAAGGGAAAGAAAUCUUGGUUACCGAUUAAUCACGAUUACACAAAUUUGAAUUUAAAAGAUCAACAAGAAAACAAAAACAACGAGUCGCAUUACAAAAUUUACACCGCAUUAAUGGAUUUACGUAAUACAAUGAGCGUAAUGAAAAACGGAUCGUAUCAAAGUAUGGUCAUUGAUAAAAAUAUUUUAGUAAUUUCACGAUUCAACGAGCAUCAAUUGGUGACACUUGUUAUCAAUUUUUUGGACGAUAAACCACAAAUAGUCGAUUUGAAAGUCAUCGCGGGAAAAAAAUCUUUAAACUCGACGAUAGUAAAAGUAGCAAGCGUCAAUUCAAAAGUACCAAUCAAUAAAGCAAUGGUUGAUCAUUCUGUGAAUGUUCCAGCAAAAGCUUCGAUAGUUCUUUAUUCGACAUAUUCCAAUGCAUCUAUAAAUUAUAAUAACUAUCUAUUAACAAUUCUACUUUUAGUAUCAACUAUAGUAUUUAAAUUAUAAAGAAAAAAUAAGUAUAUUAUUCGCGUUCGCGCCCGUUUCAUCAUAUAUUUC